AUAAAAAACACCACUAAAAAUCCUCAAAAAAAUUUGUUUCUAUAAAUUAAUAAUCUCGAGGGGCUCGCCACCGCCACCUCCACCUCCACCUUAACCGUCAUGCCAAGCGCCACCGUCAACAACCACCGGCCGAGCGAGCUACUCUCACGGUUGGCCUCCGCCGAGCCAGAGGUCAAGCUCAGGGCACUUCGCGAGGUUAAAAACCAAAUAAUCGGGAAUCGUACCAAGAAGCUUUCCUUCAUCAAGCUCGGCGCUGUCCCCGCCGUCGCUGGCAUCCUAGCCGAUUCAGCUGAUGACGUCAUCGACUACAACAACAACAACUGCAACGUCAAUAAUAAUAUUAACAACAUUCUAGUCCAGUCAGCGGCGGCUCUCGGUAGCUUCGCUUGUGGCUUCGACGCCGGUGUCCAAGCCGUGCUUGACGCCGGCGCGUUCCCCAAUCUCUUGCGCCUUCUCUCAAAUUCUAAUCAGAAGGUGGUAGAUGCUGGUGCUCGCGCCCUUAGAAUGAUUUAUCAAUCAAAAUUGGUCCCAAAGUAUGAUUUCCUUCAACAGAAAAACAUGGAGUUCCUUAUCUCACUACUGAAUAGCGAAAAUGAAAAUGUUAGUGGACUUGGUGCAAGUAUAAUCACGCACUCUUGUGAGACUAGUUUAGAGCAGAAAGUGCUGUUUGAUGCUGGUAUUCUGAGGAGGCUGAAUAGUCUUCUUGAAGGUGGUUCUUUAAGUCAGAGAUAUUCUAGUUUAGAGUCUUUAGCCUCAAUAUUUAAGAAUAAUUCUGAACUUGUUUCGAAAUUUGCGGGAGCUGAAAUCGAAAGACCUUUGGGUUCUAUUAUUGAUUUAUUAAAGGAUAGGUACCCCCGUACAAGAUUGCUUGCUUGCAUGUGCUUGAUUGUCAUAAGGAACACCUCUCCCCACCUCUUGCAAGAUAUAGGGGUCAAAUCUAAAUUGAUACAUAUUUUACUUGAGCUUCUUGAUGACCCUGGUCAAGUUGGGGAUGAGGCUUCUUUUGCCUUUUCCAGUUUGAUAGCACAGAAGGAGGAUCUUCAAAAACUAGCUCUUGAGGCCAAUGCAAUUGAUAAACUUCAUCACCACUUACAAAAAGGCUCAUUGCGUCCCAGACGUUAUGAAGGAAUAUUGCUUGCAUUAGCUGAUAUGUGCUCAAAGUUGGAGAGUUGCAGGUCUAAGUUCCUCUCAUUGCAGGUGUUGAAUUUGGUAACUGAUGCACUAACUGAUGAUAGUGCUGAUGUACGCACUGCUGCUUGUAUAUGUUUGAAAAGUGUCACUCGAUCAAUCAAGGUUUGUAAUGUGGGUAACAGUUUUGCAGUAUUAGUUUUGAUAUUUAAUGCAAAUAUAGCUUAUGAGAUGCCAAUUCAGAAUUUGAGUGCAGGCUAUUUUAUGAAUGAAAUGGUUGUGGUUCCUUUGGUUCAGCUUUUUCUUGACCCUUCCACUUCUGUCCAGGUGGCUGCACUUGGCGCUAUUAGCAAUGUAGUAGUUGAUUUUACAACACAUAAGUGUAUUUUUGUACAAUGUGGAGGGAUGAAACAGCUGGUUCAGUUAGCAACGUCAAUGGAAUCAGCUGUUAGGUCUAAUGCUUUGUGGGCUUUGAAGAACUUUGUCUUCCUAGCAGACAACAGGUUAAAAGAAGGUGUUUUCUCAGAGCUGACAGCAUCAUUAUUAUCAAGCCUUAUCUGUGAUCCAGAGCCUUCUGUGCAGGAGCAAGCUUUGGCCCUUGUUCGUAAUCUAGUUGAUGGAUGUAUGAACUCGGUUGAGUUUAUGUUUGCUGAAGAUGGUCUUAUAUUAGGGGCCAUUGGAAGACAAUUACAGAAUGCUUCGAAAGCUGAAAUAGGGAUACAGGGAAUGUAUGCACUAUGCAAUGUGGCGAGCGGGAAUGAGUUUCACAAGGAGGCAGUAAUGCACCAACUCUUUCCACAAAUGGUUGACAAGAAUGAAUCUUUUAUGAUUAAUUUUUUGCAGAGUAAUGAUAGCCAGCUACGUACAGCAACUGUGUGGACAAUAGUGAAUCUUACUUGUCCAUCAAGUCCUGGUGCAUUUGGCCGGCUUGUAAAACUGCGCAAUGCCGGAAUUGUUUCUCAAAUAAAGCAUAUGGUUAAUGAUCCAUGUGUUGAUGUUAAGUUCCGAGUGAGAACAGUGCUAGGGCAAUCUAUGGCUUUUGGGGACAAUUAAAUAUGGCCAUGUUCCUUCAUUCCUUGAACACCAGAAAGCAAGAGAUUUGAGGCAGUUUGUUACUCAUUUUUAGUCUUCAGCGCAUCUUGUUGUAAGAAAUUGUCAAGGGUUUCUUCAGUGGCUUGCGACAAAAUGACACAACACAUUGCUUUCAGUGUAUUUUUUUUUUCCCAGUUGGAGCAGUGUGGGAGCCUCAUUGUUUUUGGGUACAGAAUGUCAAUUUUACAUUUAAAAUAUGAAGGAUACAUAAAUUUUGUGUCGAUUUUUUGUAUGUACCAAUUGAGCAUUGUACAUGUAACAGUGUACCAUGAGAACUUGUAGAUAUUUCCUGUCUAAAUAGUGUAUCACUUAAUGAAAAGCUUUGUUGUUUUCA